ACAAGGCUCUUAUGUUUAGCGAGCGUUCGCUGCCCGUUAUUGCUGUGGUUACUGAUCAAGACAGAGAACGAUGACACAGCUACUGGUGUUUGCCAUUUUGAUUUGUUCCUGCUGGGGAUUCCCUGUAGAUGAAGCGACAUACAGAGCGGACAUCUCACAUCUCCAGGAUGAAGUCAACCUUCUGAAGGCCAACCUGAGCGCCGUCUGGGAGAGACUCCACGAGCACGAUGAACUUCUUCACGUUACCACUGCCGCACCCCACACUGGCCCCAUCAGGACUGUCUACAGGAAUACCAGGAGAUUCCGGGUCAGACUCAACUUCUUCAUGGAUAUCCCGGACCAUCCAGGCGAUGACGGCAGUGUUGUCGUUCAGGAGAUUGACAGGGACCAUCCUUUUAAGUCUGUGCUGAGGCAGACCCGGGAUUUCAACGUGACUAUGAACUUUUUCCUGGACGUCCCGGAUGAGCCCGUGCACGAACCAACACCAGUCAGAACCGCCGUCCGCCAGUCGUCUCGGUGGCGGGUCCAUUUCAACAUCUUCCUGGACAUCCCCGAGCAUCCCGGACAGCCCGGGGCCGUAACAACUCAAGUUGUCGACCCGAACACGCCUGUCAGGAGUGUGAUCCGGGAGACCAGGGACUUUCGGGUCCAUCUGGACUUCUUCGUGGACGCGGAGGAUACGCCAGAGCCAGUUAUUAGCGUCUUCCGUGAAACCAGAGACUUCAACGUAAACAUGGACUUCUUCGUGGAUAUCUCUGAUCACCCCGGAGAGCCCGCUGGGGCCAUCAUCCCUGUAUUCAAUGGAACAUCGCCAAUUAGGAGUGUAACCAGAACAACGAGGCGAUUUAUAGUUCACUUUGAUUUCUUCAUGGACAUACCAGAACACCCCACACCACCUGAGAUGCACUAUGCUCACUGUGAAAUAGAGCCCAAUUCCCACAUGGUGUCUUCACUCCAUCACCGCGUUCACGGUAGCAUUCGUAUAUCACAGCAGGGGUGCGGCACUGUACACAUGGAGCUCAAUCUGAGCGGCUUCAACACAAGCGAGGACUUGGCCCAUCACAGACACGGCCUACAAAUACACGAGUACGGUGAUAUGUCCCAGGGCUGUGGCUCCGUUGGGGAGCUGUAUCAUUACGAACACGCCCCAAAUCACGAAAACCCCGGGGAUUUAGGUGAUAUCGUUGAUGAUGCCAGUGGUGCGGUUCAUUCCAGCAGAGCGUUUGAUUGGCUGCAUAUUGAUUUGACUGACGGUAUUUUGGGACGCUCUCUUGUGAUUCUGCAAGGCGAUCACAACCAUCCCGAUAGCGAACAGAUCGCGUGUUGUGUCAUUGGGCGGGCCCAGGCUCACUAGGCUUUUACCACCGCCAGGAUACAACCCUAUGUUCAUCCGUUUACAACGAACUCAUGUUCCUUAACGGAAGCAACUGAAAUAAAAUGCAUUCAAAAAUAUA